AUGUGUGUUUUGAUACUUCUUCGUUCUAGGGUCACCAUGUCAGCUCUAGCAGCGGCUAUAACUGCUAUCACUCCACCGAAUGUUUCCUACAUACAGAUGGACUCACUUGUGAUCAUGAAAAUUGUAAAGCAUGUGGACAGCGAGCUUUAUGCUGGAAUGAGCGAGGUAGCCGGUGAAGCAUGCCAAGGAUUACUUACUGGCUUGGUAUCAGUAGAGAAAGACGAUAGCCGUUUGGAGAUUACAAACUGUUUCCCGACUGCAAGAGCUGAACCCGUGCUAGAAAGUGACGAGAAUGCGGCACAGGUUAGUCUGAACUGUCCAUAUAAAUUAUCUUUAUUCUCUUUCCGCAAUGCUACUUUUAUCUGGUUGUGUUCAUCUUACAGAUACUUUUAAGC